CUAUAUUCAAUAAUGUGGUUAGACAUACUACCAAACGACUCGCAAGUUUUGAUUCAUCUUUCUUUUUAGCCACCAAAUUCUGCAAAAUGACAAUUUUAAUCAUCGAGUGUUAGUAGGAAAGGCGUAAAGCUAGCAUUAGUCAUUCCGACACUUCCUCCGCCGGUCGGCAAUUGCAACCACACCAAUAUACCGCCGUUGGUGGUUUGCCGCCGGCUUGGCAAAUUCUUCCUCUCUUUUCAAGUCAAGGGAUUGUACUAAUUUAUCCGCCUUAUCAGAAAAGAUGGAGUACAGAAACAAGCUUGUCUUGGCUCCAAUGGUCCGAGUGGGUACAUUGCCAUUUAGGCUGCUUGCUGCCCAAUAUGGUGCGGACAUAACCUAUGGAGAGGAGAUUAUUGAUCAUAAAAUCAUCAAAUGUGAGCGGAGAGUUAAUGAUGUCUUAGGGACAACUGACAUAGUGGAGAAGGGAACUGAUAAUGUUGUUUUCAGAACGUGCCCCGAGGAAAGAAAUCGAGUUGUAUUUCAGAUGGGCACUUCUGAUGCCAUGAGAGCUCUCAAAGCUGCUGAAAUAGUGUGUAAAGAUGUAGCAGCAGUGGACAUAAACAUGGGAUGCCCCAAGUCAUUCUCUAUUAGUGGAGGCAUGGGUGCUGCACUGUUGAGCAAACCAGAGCUCAUUCAUGAUAUUUUGACAACAUUGAGGAGGAACUUGGAUAUACCAGUAACGUGCAAGAUUAGAUUAUUAAAAUCUCCGCAGGAUACAGUGGAAUUGGCACGACGAAUUGAGAGGACUGGUGUCUCUGCCCUUGCUGUCCAUGGAAGGAAAGUUCAAGACAGGCCAAGAGAUCCUGCAAAGUGGAGUGAGAUUGCUGAUGUUGCUGCUGCUCUCUCUAUUCCAGUUAUAGCAAAUGGUGAUGUUUUUGAAUAUGAGGAUUUUCAACGUAUUAGAGAUGCAACAGGUGCUUCAUCUGUGAUGGUUGCAAGAGGAGCCAUUUGGAAUGCUUCUAUAUUCUCUUCCGUGGGGAAAAUACCACGGGAAGAUGUCAAAAGAGAGUAUGUGAGAAAGAGUAUAUUGUGGGAUAAUGAUAUCAAAAGCACAAAGCACACCCUGAAGGAAAUGAUAAUGCAGUAUUCUUCCCUUGGGCUCCCAGAGGGACAGGCGGUAAUUAAAUCGGAUACCUUGGCUGAUCUAGCGCAACUUUAUGGUGAAGAAAAAUACUAUGAAUAUGUCACAGAAAGCUGGAGGAGUAGAUGACAUAUAUAAAUGGUUUCUCCCUCUCUGAUCGUAGAAUUCAAUACACAAAGAUAUUGGUUGGUGAGAAGAUGGCCAACUAUAAUUUAUGAAGCUAGUGGAGUGUUUGAAGCAAGUGCUAGAGUUGGACCUUGCACAUGAGGUUGUUAAUGAGUUGAAGAGUAACUUAGUUGUGGCUUCUUUCCGAGCUAUGUGACUCUAUACCCGAAUGAUAUCUCUUGUUUGAGUUUAACGAAACAUUCAAAAAAAAACCUGAAGAAAUCCUCCAGACUGCAAAAGUCCGAGCAAUAUUCAUUGCAGGCCUUACACUAAAUUGAACAAGUGGGUUACCUGCAUAAAACGACUUUGUAUCGUUUGGUUGUAUAAGGGGUACCAUUGAAGUCUUUGCUUUAUUCCCUUGGAUCAUUUUGCAGACAUCCUUUGCAAAUCUAAGAUAUUUAUGGGGAAGUGAGAUACUGAAAUCAUGUACACUAAACAAUUUCUCCUGGUAUAUUUCUUCAAGUUUGUGAUCUUGUUUUUGAUAAGACUAUUUGCAUUUGAAUGGAGUAAUUUAUGGAAAAUACCUAUUGAGCUUAAACUAA